AGUAACAUCUUUGAUUUAUUUUGCUUGAAAUCAUUUGUAAUAUAAAUCAUGGAGGAUAUAGAAGGAAAUUUUGGUUUGGCAAUUGUAAAACAUCAAAUAUUUGCUGCUUUAAUUGCCUGCUAUGUCAUUUUCUGUUACGGAUGUAAUAUGGGAUUUUUGUCGCCCGCUUUGCCAGUACUUUUAUCGAACAACACUCCGCUUGCAUCUGGCCCAUUGACAUACACAGAAUUGUCGUGGAUUGGUUCUAUCAUCAGUAUUGGAGCAGUCGCCGGAACAUUCAUAACUGGGCUACUGUCAAUAUUGUACGGUUCCAAACGAACGAUAGUGUUCCUAGCAUUUCCCGUGAUCAUAUCCUGGUUAUUUAUUCAUUUUGGCAACAAUGUAUACCAUAUUUUACUGGCGAUGUUCACAUCUGGUGUGACAGGCGGUGGUUUUUCGUCAGGCGUGGUCCUAUUUAUCUCCGAAGUAUCAAACGACAACGUUCGUGGCCGUCUUGGCUCGUUGGUCCCAUUGGCCAACAAUUUGGGAGUGUUGAUGGGUUAUAUUGGAGGUGCUUUGAUCGAAUAUGAACACAGGCCGUAUGUUUUCAUCUCGUUGCCUAUUUUAUACUUGUUUCUGGUAUACUUUUUGCCAAGCACUCCACAGUACCAUCUAAAAGCGGGGAAUUUACAGAGUGCUGAAAAAUCGUUGAAGUAUUACAAGGGAUGUACGGGCGAGACUGAUCGAGAGAAAACUCAUUUAAAGUCUGAAUUUGAGCGGAUGAAACUGUUGGAAGAAGAGCGAAAAAAUUGUCCGAAGCUGCAAUUGAAAGAUUUCUGUAAUUGGUCGGCGUUCAAAGGAAUUGUUACAUGUAUGGCAAUGUCAUGGUUCACAUCAGAGUCGCUUUUUAUUUCCUAUGCGUCGAUGAUUUUUAAAAUUUCACAAUCGGCAUUCAGCCCAGACAUAUCAGCCAUCAUUUUGGCAAUUGUUCAAAUUAUCGGUGGACUCACGUCAACUCAAAUUGGUGAUGCUUUUGGAAGAAAAACCAUUUUGUUCACAUCAUUACUCGGUUUGGCAUUUGGAUUAUUCGUUUUUUCAACGUAUUUGUACCUCCUUCACCAUAGUUUUGAGCUGGUAAAUUACGCAUGGCUUCCUGUUGUGUGUCUAUCAUUCGCUAUUUUCAGUUCUUCUGCCGGAAUCUCGGCCAUAGCGAAUACUUGCGUCAUAGAAAACUUUCCGACAAAGAUUCGUCCGGUAGGCAUGGUCUUCUACUCAACGGUAAAUAACUUGGUGGCAUUUGUCGUUGGAAAAUCUUUUCCGAUUUUGCUGGAAAUAAUUUACCUACACGGAUUCAUGUUUCUUCUUGCCAUUAACUGUUGUUUGGGCAUCAUUUUUGUGCUUUUCAUGAAGGAGACUAAAGGAAAAUCACUUGAUACUCUUGUUAUGGUGGAAAGUAAAUAGAAUGAUUAAUCAAUCGUACAUGUCUAAUCUGUCAUCAGUAUAACCGAUUGAAGGACGGAAUAAAGCGAAUAAAACUCAAUCUGAAUAUUUUUUGGUCAUGUUU